UUUUCAAACUUAAGCGCUGUUUUGCGUGACUUGAGAUUCACAUCCAAUAACACGUUGUUUAUGUGUAGACCACGUGAUGCACGUGUGAUGUGAAUGUGUUGUAAAUAAUUGGAUGAAUUCAUAUAAUAAUCAAUUGUUUGUGACUUACCAUCGCUGGACAUAUCAUUGAUAAACCAUUGUUUAGUUACUUAUGAUAUAAUCGCCAAACAGAUGCCAAUGGAGUUACACGUUGUCGACGACGAUAGUGACGGUUCAGAACCCGAAGAGAUUAAUGUCAGGACAGCUAAAGAAGCCAUUAAGACAUCGAUCGCCCAACAGAAGAAUGCCAUCAAAAAUGCCAACGAUUUGCUUAAGAAGAAACGCCAACUGAUUGAUGAACGAAACUGUCAGCAAAAGAAAGCCAAACAGUCUGUCGUCGACAAGUUGUCCGACGAUGUGUUGAAUGAAAUCACUAUUGGAUCGAAAAAUCCGGAGAUAAAGACAUCAGACGAGACAUCAAAAGAUGAUACCAAACAAGUGUCUCGAAAGAAGAAGAAUAAGAAGAAGAAGUCGUUUAAAUUAAUAACAGAAUCGACGCGUUUCGAUGUGAUUGAUAUGAAUGAAGACUUGAAGCAAAUGAGUUCAGCGGUGAUGACAAACAAAAAAAGUUGUGUCAACUUUAAGGACGAAAUGUUGUAUAAUAGGAAACGGAAUCAUCGGAUCUCCUCAAAGAUACACCAAUUCUAUACUCACAAACAAAGAUUAUCAACAAAUAGAAAAUAAACACUUUUUCCUUAUUUGAUAUUUAUUUGUAUUUUAUUUGCUUUUAUUUCUAACCAUUAUUUACAUACAUU